AUGAUUCCUGAGGCUAUAGAAAUUGCAUCGGUUAUUAUUCUGAUAGUGUCGAAAGAGUAUUAUGAUAGUAAAUCAUGCCGUCAAGAACUCAGCUAUGCUAGUGAUGUGUUGAAGAAACGUAUUAUUCCUAUUUAUCCAAAUACCGUCCAGAAAGAGUACAAAGCAACAGGUUGGUUGGGUAUUAGAAUAGCUGGAUUAAAAUAUAUUCAUUUUGGAAGCAAAGAAUUUAAUGCAGCUGUUGAAGAAUUAACUAACAUAGUGGAAGAUACAAUGAACACAUCAAAAUACGUAAUGCCAUUACGACAGUCACAACCGAUAAUCACUUACAACAGAAACCAAGCUAGAUCAUUGAAACAUUGGACAUUAAGCGAUAUUUCACAUUGGUUUGAUGUCAAUCGUAUUCAUAAUGAUAUAAAAGAUUUAUAUGCAUUUCAAACAAGAAC